AUUUCGGUUAAGAUUAGUUGUCUUUCUCGCUUCCCAUUUUCCUCCUUCCCUCUAAUUUUCCUCUCACUUUCUCUAGUUCUCUCUCCCUCCAAAGUCCAGACGCCUUCCGAUUUCGAAUUCCCCUGCUGGAAAUGGAGAUGGCAAUGGAGGAUUCGCGCUCGCUUGAGGUUCUCUCUAUGGAUUUUCAGGCGUUUCCUGGAGAUGGAAGAGCCCGGAGAUUACCUGAUAAUUUAAUACCGUGUACGAUCCGAAUAUGUGCUUUGGCAGUGGCCUGUUAAGGUUCUAUCUCCGAGGCUUCUAUCUUUAUUUUUCCAUAGUUUUUGUCGUUGCUCGCUGUUCCUACUCCGAAUUCCGAUCGUUGGAUACUUCCUCCACUAUUUCUUGGUAUAUUACUUUCUUCAAUUGAUGCCGUUCGUCUCGUCAUAUUUGUGUAAACUUGGAUGUAAGUAGCUACCGUGUCGAAUGGAGGUCUGCUUUUGAAAAUUUAGAGUAUAUUUAAUUCUACUGCGGAACUUGGGUUCCCUAGGGUUUAGAACCCGGCAUAACAUUUGUCUGCAAAAUCAGUCUCGAAAUCCCUUUAGGCUUGAGUGAAAUUUUUGCUGUACUUGCGUUUUCUUCCGUGUCCAUUGGGUCUUGAGGUUUUGAUUUGAACUUUUGGACUGGAAAUUUUCAUGGCUGGAAAGUUGGAAUUAGGGUUUCCGAAGACCAGUUCUUGUAGUCUAAGGGAGCAGCUGGCUAGAAAGAUAUUACAUACUGUGAGAUCCCAAGGGCAUCCUUAUGUUGACCUCCGUGAAAAUGGGAAAAAAUUCAUAUAUUUCUGCACCCUGUGUCUUGCUCCCUGCUACAGUGAUACUGCACUGUUUGAUCACUUGAAAGGUAAUCUCCACAUGGAGAGGCUAUCUACUGCUAAAGUUACCCUUCUAGGACCUAAUCCGUGGCCUUUUAAUGAUGGCAUUGUCUUCUUUGACACCUCAAUUAAAAAUGUUGAUGACUUGCCAAAUAUGAAUGCUAAGCAAAAGAGGCAGUUGGAAUAUACUGACAAUGACAACAGUCUUGCUAUUGUGAAGUUUGGUGAAAAUCUUAUUUCAAGUGAUGACAAUCAUGCGGAGGUUGAUGAAGUUAAUUGCAGCAUAAAGUACUUAGAAUCUGGUGCAGUUCAUUCAGACCUUCAACUAAGUUCAACUGAUGAUGCAGUGAGUGAUGAUUAUACUCUUGUGAUUCCUCAUGCACUGAUUAGGGACAAAACUUCUGACUUACAAGCUAGGGAAGUGGGUUUGGGAAAGAUUGCUGCUAGGUUCUUUGAGAAGGAUGGUGGUUUGAAUGGGAUUAGAAGAAUAUGGUGUGAAUGGUUAGGAAAAGAUACUGAUGGUCAUCAAGUUGGUUCUGUGGUUCCAGAGCACAAUUUUGCUGUCAUUAUUUUCUCCUACAAUUCUGAUUUGGGUCGAAAUGGAUUGCUUGAGGAGUUGAAGUUCUUGUUACCAUCUACUUCAGUGACAGAACCAGAGAUUGAGAACAGCAGCGGCCAAAAGAGAAAGAAAUCAUUUUCUGACCCUGAGGAUGUUAGUGAUUCUUUGAGCAAUCAGUAUGAUUCAUCAGUUGAAGAUUCUUCGGCUUCUAACAGUGCCACCUCCAGAUUAGCCCUGGGUCAUAUUGACAAUCAACUUCUCCAUACCAGGUUCAUUUCAAGCAAGGCUAUAAGGAAAGAAUUGAGACGACAGCAGCGUUUAGCAGCAGAGAAGAUGUGUGAUAUCUGUAAACAAAAAAUGCUUCCUGGUAAAGAUGUAGCAACUCUUUUUAAUUUGAAGACCAGAAGACUAGCUUGCAGUAGUCGGAAUGGGACUGGGGCGUUCCACUUGUUUCAUGCAUCCUGCCUUGUACACUGGAUACUGAUGUGUGAAUAUGACAUGAUCACAAAUCGUGUAGCCUUUCCAAAAGUUAAAAAAAGAGCCAAGAGAAAGGUGGGAGCAAAUGUUAGUCAAAAUGGAAAAGAAUAUGAUGUGAAAGUUGCUAAGGGGAAAAUAAACUCUGUGUUCUGUCCAGAGUGCCAGGGUACAGGUAUCAUCAUUGAUGGAGAUCAGGUGGAGCAUGCACCUUUUUCUUUGUCUGAGAUGUUCAAAUUUAAAAUAAAGGCUUGUGAUGCACGUAGAGAAUGGAUGAAAAGUCCUGAACUUUUGCAGAAUUGCUCGACUGGAUUUCACUUCCCUGCGCAAUCUGAGGAAAUAGGCCAGGAAAAAGUGAAGCCCAUAAAAUUGCUGCCUUUCUAUCGUGCUGAUGGGCAAAGUUAGACACGAGCACAAGAGCCAUGGAAUCUUGGCAAUUGACAUCUUCAAAUUUAUCCUGCAUGAUCUGUGACCCAUAAUAUGUUGUACAUCCAUGCACAUAUUCUGUAUUUCUUAAAAACUAUGAUUGGCUCUUUGGAUAGAUGUAGCCAUGUAGGUAGGUGGAUGGAUUAGAGGCUCGCCUUACCUGAUAAGACAAUGUGUAUACCUGUUGGUUUGUUGUUAACAAGGCAUCUGUCAAAAUACGUUGCUGACAUAUUUGUACAUGGUAAAGCAAAGGGCAAAAGAUCAUUGACCUCGCAAUGUACUAGAGUCUUGUGAUUAGUAUUUUCUGACUUCCUGGCUAGUCAUUGCUGGAUACUCCGGCAAUCUGUAGCCCGGCGGCAGAAACUUUGGGUUAUUGAUUAUUGGGUCGUUGAGAUUCGUGGCCCUAUAUUCUGUUUUAAUUUGAUUCACUCAAUUUUCUUCCGUAGUGGAAUCAGGUAAA